CCUCUUUCCUCCAAAACCGUCCUCCUCCUCUGCUCUCUCUCUCUCUCUCUCUCUCUCUCUCUCUCUCUAAAACUCCUCUGUUUCUCUAACCUCUGUAUUUUCUCUCUAAUGGAAAACCGCUUCAAGCUAAAGCUCUCCCGCAUGUUCCACAAGGCCUCACUCGGCACCUGCCGCUCACGCAGCAUCUCUGACGUGAUCCAAAAAACUGAUCACUCUCCUCCCAAGCCAGCUCCUCCUCCUCCUCCUAAGCCUUUCCCGUCCAUUUGCAGACCUAAAUGCUCCGACGACCAGAAACAGCAACCCAUCAACCGCAGCUGCGUCAUUUCCAGAUCCAACACAGACCUCAUGCUCCCCAGACGCAAGAUUUUCGAACGUCGCUCCCCAUUUGUGAAGCCUGAAAUCCCUCCCAAUUCUCUGUUCUCGCAUUCAAAUCCAUUCUACGAAGUUCAUGAAAGCCAUAGCUUUCGACAGAGAAAGAAGAAAGCGACCAAGAAGAAGAAGAAGAAGACGAGGAGUAAGAAAACCGAUCUUUUCGCAAUCAGCUCUUCUUCUUUGGAUAGUAAUCACUUUUACAAUGGGUGGUGGUCUAGCAGUGAAGAUGAAGAGAAAGAAGACGAGACUGAUACUCUGUUUUCCUCGAACACUCACACUUCCGAUUCGUCAGGGUCUCGCCGGCGACUGCGUUCGAGUUCUCAGAGGAAAGGUCAGAGCUUUGGCCGGAGAAGAGGGGGUUCUGAGGUGGGUCUGAUGCCAUUGCAAGGAAAAGUGAAGGACAGCUUUGCUGUGGUGAAGAAAUCUAGUGAUCCUUACAACGAUUUCAGAACAUCAAUGGUGGAAAUGAUCGUGGAGAAGCAGAUAUUUUCUGGCAAAGAUCUUGACCAUCUCUUGCAGUGUUUUCUGAAGCUGAACUCGCCUCAUCAUCACAGAGUUAUUAUUGAGGUUUUCACUGAGAUUUGGGAGGCUCUGUUCUCCAACUUGGGGACUUGAAGAAACAAAACACUCUGUUUUCCUCUGUAAUCUGUGCUUAGGUUUAAUUUCUGAGGAAGAAGAAAUAGUUAGGAUUCUAACUUUGGUUGACUAAUUAGUGGGUUUAUCUUCUAUUUUCACUUUA